UGCAAAUGAUGAAAAUGAUCAACGAUACAUACAAAUAUUAAUGAUGACCGCGACAUAUUUGUCUCCAAUUGCACGUUGUCACACGCUUCUUCUUGGACGGUUAUCGAAGACAUCUGGUUUGACUGGUUCUGUUGCAGGAAAAGUGAGGGCCGCCAGUCGUCAUGGGAAACAUAUUUGGGAACCUGCUGAAGAGCCUGAUAGGCAAAAAGGAGAUGAGGAUUCUCAUGGUGGGGCUGGAUGCUGCAGGGAAAACCACAAUCCUCUACAAGCUGAAGCUGGGGGAGAUUGUCACCACCAUCCCCACAAUUGGUUUUAAUGUAGAAACAGUGGAGUACAAAAACAUCAGCUUUACCGUGUGGGACGUGGGUGGCCAGGACAAGAUCCGUCCCCUUUGGAGGCACUACUUCCAGAACACGCAGGGUUUGAUCUUUGUGGUAGAUAGCAAUGACCGUGAGCGGGUCAACGAAGCUCGCGAGGAGCUGAUGAGGAUGCUGGCUGAGGACGAGCUGCGGGAUGCCGUUCUUCUCGUCUUUGCCAACAAACAGGACCUGCCCAAUGCCAUGAAUGCUGCAGAGAUCACAGACAAGCUGGGCCUGCACUCCCUACGUCACCGCAACUGGUACAUCCAGGCCACCUGCGCCACCAGUGGCGACGGCCUCUACGAGGGUCUGGACUGGCUGGCCAAUCAGCUGAAGAACAAAAAGUGAAGAGCCCAGUCAGGAGAGUGGAGAAGAACCUGGGUGCCAGCUCCAGGUAUUGGUUAUUGUGGAUCUGUUGUGUUUACAUAGAACGGAAAUGCUGAAAUGCUCCCAGGGGGUGAAUCUCAAAGCCUUUCUCCCUCCAAAUACUUUUUUUUUUUUCUUUUUUUUUAUUCUUUCUUUGGUUGAUAUGAAUUGUUUGGAUCUGUAGUGAACAUUUUAAAUAAUUUAUGAACCGGUGGUGUCAAAGUUGACCUAAAUGAUUCACACUUUACAAGCUGAAUGCAUAAAUAUCAGGAUAUAAUGGUGUAAUGUUACUGUAAAAGUAUAUGACCUACCCCUCCUCUUCGCAGUCUGUGAUCUCCAUUGAACAUUUAAUGUGUUCGGAAUAUCUGGUGAAUCUAGACUUGUGUGCAGCAUUUCAUAAGAUACAAUAAUAUGUUUGUGAAUUAUACAGAAUUUCAUAAUAGUAUGGUUGGAGUGCUAUUAUUACAUCAGAGUAGUGUAUUUAUUGUUUCAAAGCAUUGUUAUCACACAGGCUAAGAUUAAUGUAAUGGUGUAAUUUAUUGUCCAAGCAAAGGUUUGUACUGCCCCCCAGGUCAGUUUCAUGGCAAACUUUAAUUAGCUUGCAUUUGAUUAAUUUAUCUUUUAUUUUAAGGAGCCGAUGCACUGGAUAAUCCUCGUCCAAAUGUAUUUAGACCAUCAUAGGAUUUUACUCCCUUUGUGGCAAUGUGUAUUUAAUAUUAAGGCAGCUGUUGAAAAAAGGAGAAGCCCAAGUAUAACUGUAAACGUUAGUAGCUUCCCAAUCUGCAUAGAGAUGUCCCAGUACUGGCUCACAGGCUUGUAAUAGCUGCGAGCUACGGCGGGCUACUUCUGUAAAUAAAAGUUUGUUCUUAGUCCAAUUGCUUGGCUCAGUAAGGUUUAAAAACAGUUGGUCUGGCAUGAGCGUGGAGUGGUGUCUAAACUAAUGCAGAUGACAGUACAAGGCCCACUUUAACGGCUCUGCAGCGUAGAGAAAAACUCUGCUGUCGACCUUUCCCCGUGGUACGUGAUGCAGCUCGGCGCGCGACCGGUGAUAUUAGAGCUUAAAUAGUUUUUUGAUUUUUUUUUGUUGUUUUUUUCCCCCAAAAUCAGUCUUGUUCUGCGUUGCAUCGGUCAAAGAGCUCACAUAGUUUAUGAUCCUGUUUUAGUCAUGUGUGUAAUAUUACACAAAAUAACUUAACAGUUGAACAAAAUAUAUUGUCUCCCUGUGUUUCUUCAUUUUGUUGGGGUUUUUUUUCAUUUACUAAUUAAAUCUGUCAGUUCUCGACUUUUUCUCAGCUAAUUUGAAAAAGAGGUAAGAUGAAGAUAGUGAUACUGCAUCAUAAGGCAUAUUAAUACUGUACAAGAUCUGUAAUAAUAGUGAUGAAUACUGUAAUAGCCUGUUUCCUCAGACUAUAAUUGUGAGUCUAAAUCACUGCUGCUGGUUGGGUCGAUGCUGUACUAAUAAAUGUCAUGGGUUUUGUGUGAAGUUUACAGAACAACCUUCUAAUAUGCAAAAGCAUGCUUUUCUCUGUCAGCACAACUGUGUAUAAUAUGUUUAUGUAACGGGAGAAGUGUACCCUGGUAUUCUCGGUUGAACUGACAGUCCUGCAGAUGCACUUGUAGAUAGUGAGGUCAGUGUGCCGGCAGAUGUGUUUAACUGACAGCAGCUUGUGUGUGAGUGUGAUGUAUAACCUAUCAUGUUCGGUUCGGUCUGAAAAUUGUUUUUUUGUGGCCUUAUUUUGCCAGUGGUUAUUUUUCUCUUUGAUAACAGGUUUGUAUCUGGGAAUGUCCGGCAUUCAAGCAUCUCACCUAUGAUCUGUGGCAACUAUGUGGCUAAACAUCCCUCUUUCAGUGAUUAUUGGCAGAUGUUGACUCGCAAGUGAAGGGAAAAAACAAGGCUGCACAAUAUUUCAGUUGAUGACAUGUUUCCAGAAACUGUAGGAGAAUUGAUUUAUCUUCAGUGAAAAGUAAAAUAUUUUGAUGCAUAGGAAACAACUCAAACUGGGUCAAAGGUUGUGAAUGACUUGAUGAUUCCUGGCACUUCAAAUAAUUAAUAAAACACCAAAAA